AUGGCCUCGCAAGCGCAAGGAGCCUCGAGCUCCGACAAGCAAAAGCCUAGCCCUCUGCGAUCCAUCAUUGCCGGUUCCACGGCUGGCGCGAUUGAAAUUGCCAUUACAUAUCCCGCCGAGUUCGCCAAGACACGGACGCAGUUGAACCGCCGCCUGGCAGAGGGAAAGAAGCUGCCGUGGCCGCCCUUUGGCAAGCAGUGGUAUGCGGGCUGCACGACGCUCAUCAUUGGCAACUCGGCCAAGGCUGGCAUCCCGCGCGGUGAUGCUGCCGCUAACCCCGCCUGCGUUGUAGGAUUCGUCGCCUUUGACCAGUACAAGAGCCUGCUCGCCGACGAGAACGGCAAGCUGAGCGGUCCGCGCACCGUUCUCGCGGGCUUUGGCGCCGGCAUCACAGAAUCGCUCCUCGCCGUCACGCCGACCGAGAGCAUCAAGACGACUCUCAUCGAUGACCGCAAGUCGGCGAACCCGCGCAUGCGCGGGUUCCUGCACGCCGUGCCCAUCAUCGCGCGCGAGCGGGGCCUCCGCGGCUUCUUCCAGGGCUUCGUGCCGACGACGCUGCGGCAGUCGGCCAACAGCGCGACGCGCUUCGGCUCCUACACCUUCUUCAAGCAAAUCGCCGAGUCGUACACGGCGCCGGGCGAGAAGCUCGGCACCGCGAGCACGUUUGGCCUCGGCGGCCUGGCCGGGCUCGUCACCGUCAUCGUCACGCAGCCGCUCGACACGCUCAAGACCCGCAUGCAGAGCCCCGAGGCGAAGCAGGUCUACGGGAAUACGCUGCGCUGCGCGGGCAUGAUUUUCAGGAAUGAAGGCGUCCGCACGUUUUGGAGCGGCGCGGUGCCGCGUCUCGUCAGGCUGGUCAUGAGUGGCGGUAUUGUCUUUACCAUGUAUGAGAAGAGCAUGGAACUCAUGGACAGGAUGGAUCCUGAGAGGAAGUACUUGUAG